CCUCCCAGCUAUAAGGGCGUGGUGGCCGGAAGUGGGGGUCGCGCGGGGAGCGGAAGUGUCCUCACUUCAGUCAGAGAGGGACUGCGGAGGAGGAAGAUGUCUGGCGGAGGGAUGAGCAGCAUUGAGGCGGUAAAGAGGAAGAUUCAGGUCCUCCAGCAGCAGGCAGAUGAGGCCGAAGAGAGGGCGGAGAAGCUGAGCCGGGAGGUGGAAAGCGAGCGCCGGUCCAGGGAGCAGGCUGAAGCUGAAGUGGCAUCCCUCAACCGCCGUAUCCAGCUGGUAGAGGAGGAGCUGGACCGUGCCCAGGAGCGCCUUUCCACCGCCUUGCAGAAGCUGGAAGAGGCUGAGAAAUCGGCAGAUGAGAGCGAGAGAGGGAUGAAGGUCAUAGAAAACAGAGCACUCAAAGAUGAAGAGAAGAUGGAACUGCAAGAAAUCCAGCUGAAGGAAGCCAAACACAUAGCGGAGGAAGCAGACAGGAAGUAUGAAGAGGUGGCCCGAAAACUGGUAAUCAUAGAGGGUGAUCUGGAACGCACAGAGGAGAGGGCAGAGCUGGCAGAGGCCAAAUGUUCUGAGCUUGAGGAGGAGCUCAAGAAUGUCACCAACAACCUGAAGUCCUUGGAGGCUCAGGCAGAGAAGUAUUCUCAAAAGGAGGACAAAUAUGAGGAAGAAAUUAAGAUUUUGACAGACAAGCUAAAAGAGGCUGAGACCAGAGCCGAAUUUGCCGAGAGGUCAGUCGCCAAACUGGAAAAAACCGUUGAUGAUUUGGAAGAGCGCCUCUACAGAGAGAUGGAGAAAAACAGGCUUCUGUCUAGUGAGUUGAAAUUCACCCUCCAUGACCUCUGUGACUGAGGUCUCCCGGCCCAACCCCAUACUCCCAUAGCAUGGCGGAACGGAUGGAGACGUACAGCGCUUCCGGCCAGGGUGUUGCUAGUUUGUCUAGUGCCACGUUGGAAGG